AGUGUUACUACUUCCGUCUUGAACCUAGAUCUAGAUCUAGACUCUAAAUCUAAAAUCUAGUCUAGAUCUAUAUGAGUAUAUCUACUCCAGACUCUUCUCUACUCUACUCUAGAUCUAGAGUUCUAGACUAUGUUGAUCUAAAUAAUAAAAUUUAAUUAAUCUGUAUACAGAUGAGAUCAAGAAUCUAGACCUCCCCUAAGGCUAAGGGGCUAAUUCUAUACUAUAGAAUCUAUAGUCUACUCUAUAGUCUAUAGACUCAAGUCACUCAGUCUCAGAACAGAGACAGAGUAGAAUCUAAUUCUAUUAUAAUUAUUUAUUAUUCAAAACUAUUAUUUAUUGUCUGAAACAGACAGAUUUUCGCACAUGCUCCACAUCGAAGGAAUCUAUCAGCUCUGCUUAGAAACUGACGAUACACAUAAAUUCAUGGAAGUUAGAGAAACAAUCAUGACAAAACUGACAGAUAAUGUUAUUAGGCUUUGAUCAACAUAGGAAUUCAAGCUCAGAAGAUCCAGUGUCAUCAUAAGCGGCACUACAAUCACAAGCAUAUGAUCUGCAAAUAGAUGUUCUAAAUAAUGACAAAACUUUAAAUAGACCUACAAAUAUGGAUUCUCUUGAAUCUGUCAAAGUUAGUGAAAUUAUUCCAUCACAAGAAGUUUGUGAAAAACAAACUUUACAAAACGAUGAUUAUUACGAAACAAUUUCUGCUGAUGGUAGCAUUUGUGAAGAUAAUAGUCAUGUUAAUGACAAUGUACUCAUUGACAUUCAUGACAAUGACUGCGAUCAAAUCCAAGAAACUAUGCACGCACAUGAAUAUGAUAGGAAGACAUCUUCUUUUCUAAAUUCACCAUUCGUUCCUAACUUUGACUUUCCUGCCUCAACCAAUUAUGGUAAUAGCCCUAGUGUAAAUAGCACACUAAAUAAUACUUCUAGGCCUAACCCUAAACCAAAUUUUGAUUUUUCCAUACCACCUCCAAACUAUGAUAUUGCAAAUAAAAAUAUGAAUACAACAUCUCCCCCUUUCCUUCAUCUAACAAGUUCCAAAACAUCUUUGGUUGAUGGUAGUAUGUUAAAUAUUGGAAGUGACAAUUUAAAUUUGGAUACAUGUUUGACUAAACCUGUAUCUUUGAUGAAAGAACCAUUAGCUGACUGGCUAGAUGAAAAUGGUGAUCCAGUGAAAGGAGCUUUUGAUAAUAUUAAAACUAUUAAUAGUUCUGAGAAAGCAGUAGCCAAAGGUUCUAAAGUAGAGUAUGUUUUUUAUGUGCGGGAAAUGAAAAAUAUACCAGUCUCAAAGUCUUCAGCAAUUUCAAGUGAUGCUAACACAGUAACCAAUACAAAUGCUCUUAGUGCAGCUGGAAGUUUGGAUUUUGAAUCUGAAAAAUUGAAUUCAGAUUUAAAUGAGGAAGAAAAGAAACUGUAUUUAGCAUCUAAAAGUGGUAGUGAAUACAAAAUAGCUUUGCAAGCAACAUUAUCCACAUCUCAAGAUCCAAGUGUCAGUAAGACUGUUGCAGAAAAAGCUAAAAAGGAACUUUUAGACAGAUUGAGAAAAAACACAUUGAAUGAAAAAAGCAACACAUCUUCAUCUGUAGCACAGCCAAAAGAAGAACCUAAAAAGACUCAAGAAGAAGCAGCUCUAGAAAGCCAAGCAGUUAGUGAAAUUCUGAAAGAAAUACAACGAGGUGCUGCUAGAGCUAAAGAGCAUGGUGCUUUAGGAUGGCAAAAAUGUCCAGUACCUGUCACGAACAAGACAUUUCUGCGCAAUACUUUAGUAAGCACUCUUAGAGAACCAUAUAAACCUCCCAGGAAAAAAGGAAGAUUUCAUGUUGGGCUCCACAAUGACAAGUUUCAAUCAACCACUUAUGAUGAUAGUGAUAGUCAAUCCUCUAGGUCCAGCCGAAGUCAAAGCACUGGUAGGAGCACUAGCCAUUCUUAUAGUUCUCACAGAACUGAUGAUGAAUACCAUGAGAGAUCUCCAUAUCCUAGAGGUAGAGGUCGCUGGCCCCAUGCUUCAGAUCAGUUCUAUAAUGAAUGGGCUGCUUAUUAUGGAUAUGAAUGGUAUGGGGCAGAAGCAUACAGUAUGUAUUAUGACCCUGAAAGCUGGCCAGCUGAUCCGUACAUGUAUUUUGAAAAUCCUGAAGCAUGGCAAGGUUAUGGUUCUUUUUAUGGACCACAGAACAUAAACUUGAAUGCACUGGGACGAGGCAUUAGAGGCAGAGGUCGGGGACGAGGUUGGAAUGGAAACUCUAAUUAUUCUCGCAAUUACAAUUGUUCUCCAAGAUCUAGAUCUUCAAGCUCUUCCCGGUCAUUGUCUCAUGGUAGGAGUGAAAAGUCAUUGAAUGGAACAAAAAGGUCUCAUAGUAAAAAACAUAAAGAUGUUUCUCGUUCUAGGAGUAGAUCUAUGUCUACAAGUGAAAAUUCAUUACAUAGAAAAACUAAAAAGAAAUUCAAAAAAAGUAAUAAUACUGGAGGAAUGUCUAAGAGCCCACCACCUAAUAGUUCCAGAGAAAGCAAAAAGAAAAAAAAGAAGCACAAAAAAAAGUCCAAAAAAUCUAAACAUAAAGAAGUGGAAAAUAAAUCUUUAGCCAGUGAAAUAGCUCAGAAAAAUGUGUCUCUCAGUGAGGAUGAAAGACAACAUCAAAGAAAUAAACCUAGUCUUCAAAGUAAGAAGAAUGAAGGGAACUAUGAACUAGCUGAAGAUCUGGAGCAAACUUUUAUUGAUGACAAUGACUUGAGACUAAAACUAAAUAAAAACUUUCAGGAAAAGAAAAGAAGAAAGACUAGUAGUAAGUAUGAACCAAGUGGGAGUGAUAACUGCAGACCUAAGUGCUCACAAAGUGCUGCAAGGCAUUCACAAUCAUUUCAAAAUGAAGACAGUUUGAGAGAAAAAAGACAUAUCAGUGAGGAGAGCUUUUCUGACAAAAGUAAUUUGUCUGUGAGAGACCACCAACAUAAGUUUGGUAGAGUCAGACCAGACAAGUCUCGUGACAAUAUACACAAACAUCGUUUUGAUAAUACUAAAACUACAAAUAAUGACUUUUCGAAAGCAAAGAAGUAUAUUGAUGACAUAAGAAAUUCUGACACAACUGAUGACUUCAUUGCUAGACAGAAAGUUCAUUCAUCAAAAAAGGUAACAGAAAUGUAUUCAUUAGAAGAAGAAUUUACGGAGUCAUGUUCUGCUGACAGGAGGAUAAGGCAAGAAGAAAUUGAAGAUAAAACUCAAGUCAAUAGUAAACACAAAGAAUUGAGUGUUAGCAAAAAAAGAAGCAAGAAGUCAGCUCAAAAAUUGAAAGAGUUUUGUACAAGUGAUCUGAGAAGUGUAAUUUCUAAUUCAAAUGACUCUUUCAAACAUUUAGAAAAUCAUGUGUCACAUAAAGAUGUUUAUAUUCAUGAAGAAAGUUCUAGUCAUAAACUGGCCAGUGUCUCCUUAAAAUCUGACAUCAAAUUAUGUUCUGGUGGUAAACUUGAAAGUGACAAAAACAAAAAACACACAUCAUGUGUGAAACAAUCAGAACAAUUACAUGGUGACCAAAAGCAGUUAGAUGUAGAGAAAUCUUUAAAAAGGAAAAAAAGAAAAGCUGCAGGAGAAGAUUGAUAAAGAAAAAAAAAAGUUAAAUCAAUAUUAAAAACAUUGACAUUUAUAUCUUAUUAUUGAUAGACAAAAAAAUAUUUAUAGCACGAUAGAUAUUUACAUAUUGUUGUCUUUGGAAAAAAGAUACAUUAGCUGUACAAGUGUUGUCAAAUAAUAGACUCACUUCCCUGUAUAAUAAAGAGUUGAUUGAACAAUGAAUUACAUUGUUCUAUGGUCUAUGAAGAAAAUGGUCAUAUUGACUUCCUGUAGCGCACUGGAGUUUAUCUCUUCUGUAGCCUACAUUCAAAAUAAGUUUUAAAAAGUAACUUUGAUAUUUGAUACAUUUCAGAUGGGAUUACUUGGUACUUCAUUGAAAUAGUCUGUUUUGCAUUGCUGUUAUCUUUUUUCCAGCUGUAAUUUUAUACAUAAAUGAACUGCCGGUACUGGUAAUAAAUGGACUAUUGUUUAUGUGUAUACAUAUUUAUGUUGCAAAGUGUGAAAUCCAGCAUUCUAUUCUAUAGAAUGCCUGAAAAUUCCAGGCAACAUAAGAAAUAAUUUAU